CAGGGCAGCGCAGAUGACUGGCAGGCACGCACCCAUAAUGACCGCCCGGUUCUUCUCUCUUCGCUUCCAAAACGGCAUCGAAUUGAUACAGAUGAUGAUGCUGGCAUGCUGCUACCUCUUUUGGUCAACAUCCCAACAAAAUCGUUCAUGUCUGUGAAUCUACUGUACAUACAGUCUCAAAACCCUAGGGUUCCUGUUCCUCCUUCCUUCCUUCCUUUUCCAGCUCGAUUUGCUCCCUCACUCUUGUGUCCCGUUCAAUUCGCGUCAUUGUCAGCUAAUUCGAGAUAGAUUUUGGUGUUACCAGCGCCAAAGUGUCAGAUAUCUAUUGGAGUGAAUACCUAGGGAAGUACAUCUAUACAUAUAUGUGUUUAUGUAUGUGUGUGUAUGUAUGUAUGUAUAGAUGUACUCGACCAAUCUUAUAGGGUUCAUUCUGGCUGUGGUUUCCAGCGCCUUCAUUGGCUCCAGCUUCAUCAUAAAGAAGAAGGGUCUCAAGAAGGCCAGCGCCAGCGGCCCUCGUGCUAGUGAUCGGUUGAUGGUUAUUGCAGGUGUUGGUGGGUAUGGUUAUCUAUUAGAGCCACUAUGGUGGGUGGGCAUGGUUACUAUGAUUGUUGGAGAAAUUGCCAAUUUUGUGGCCUACGUUUAUGCCCCUGCUGUUCUCGUGACCCCCCUUGGUGCAUUGAGCAUUAUCGUCAGUGCUGUUUUGGCGCAUUUCUUGUUGAAGGAGAAACUGCAGAAAAUGGGGAUUUUGGGAUGUCUUUUGUGCAUAGUUGGUUCAACAAUGAUUGUGCUUCAUGCACCUGAAGAGAAGACUAUAAAUUCAGUUACGGAAAUCUGGGGAUUAGCAAUCCAACCAGCAUUCCUUUUGUAUACUGCCUCGGUGGUGGCAGUGGCACUAGUACUCAUAUUGUAUUGCGGUCCAAACUACGGCCAAACCAACAUAAUGGUCUACAUCGGAAUAUGCUCUAUUAUAGGGUCGUUGACAGUUAUGAGUGUAAAAGCCAUCGGUAUUGCAAUAAAGUUGACGAUAGAAGGCCAAAACCAAGCCAAAUACUUUCAAACGUGGAUUUUUGCAACGGUCUCUGUUACAUGUAUCAUCACUCAAUUAAAUUAUCUAAACAUGGCUCUCGAUACUUUCAACACGUCAGUGGUUUCUCCUAUUUAUUAUGCCAUGUUUACAUCUUUCACGAUUUUGGCUAGUGUGAUAAUGUUCAAGGAUUAUUCUGGCCAAAGUGUUAGCAGCAUAGCUUCAGAGUUAUGUGGGUUUAUAACUGUGUUGUCUGGGACUGCGGUAUUGCACAGUACUAGAGAGCCGGAUACACCUCUUAUCACAGAUUUAUAUACACCUCUAUCUCCAAAAGUAUCCUGGUACAUUCAAGGAAAUGGGGAAGUUUGGAAGCAGAAGGAUGAAGAUGGGUCAAACCCUGGUUUUAUCACAGUAAGACAAGAUUAUUUCAAGUGAAUGACGUGUGCUUGAGGCCCAAGCUUUGAAUCCUUGGGUUGAGCACAAUGAACACAGAUUUGGAAUCCGCGUACGCUCAUGCUGCGUGUCUAAUCAAAUUCUUUGGUGCGAUUUCAUGCAUUUAGUUCUCUAGCCAUAGGCUUUAGGAGGUGAUUGAUUUCAGCAUGCAUUUCACCUUUUCAUUUAACAAUUUUCAGCUCGUAUCUACCUUUCAUAUGAUUAUACAAGCAAAAAUCCGGUCUAGUGUGCAGUCAGUAGAGGCAGCUAUAACGUUCAUCCCUGUUUGUCUUCUUCAUGUAAUAUUAACUUAUAUAUCUAUUUUAUCAUUUUAUGUUUAAAAAAAAAAAUACUGGGAUUAUUUUCUUGGUCAUGGAAUGGAAUAUGUGCUUUCCUUUCUUA